GCUCCUUCCGCCUUCCCGGCAGGCCCCGCGCGGCGCCUGCGCGCUCAGUGACUUCCGAGUCAUCAACUGUGAGUUGGGGCUGGUUGAGCCGCUAGUCCUUCGCCGAGAUGCUUCAAAGCCUUAUUAAGAAUGUUUGGAUCCCCAUGAAGCCCUACUAUACCCAAGUUUACCAGGAGAUUUGGGUAGGAACGGGGCUGAUGGCUUUUAUCGUUUAUAAAAUCAGGAGUGCUGAUAAGAGAAGUAAAGCCUUGAAAGCUUCCAGUCCCGCGCCUGCUCAUGGUCAUCAUUAACGAGCUCUCCUUGGACGGGACGUCGGUCUGGCUGUGUUGUGGGAACGUGGGACAUCGGGUUGACUUGGAGCAGUGCCGCUGCCCUUGGGCAUGAAUAAACGUACCUGUGAGACCCAC